CCUCGUAUUUCCUCCGUAGGGUGUCGCUGUAGUCGAUAUCCUAUUUUACCAGCUUCAGAAGCCGGUCGUUCGUUCUAAGCUUGCAAGUUAAACAACGUGUAGGAUGGACGCCGACUGGUCUUAACAGCUGUGGAAGUGUGAAAAAGUGAAAACGGCCUGACAGAGCAACUUUUCUAGCAGCUGGACCUAGACUAUUUUCCAAUCUCUCGUACCUCUGCAGCAAAUGACUAGGUGCACAACUGGUAAAUGUCCAUCGUUUGAGAGUUUUACCUGUUUCGACUGAUUGGCUUUCCACUACAAAUUACAAUGGAUUUUAAAAACAAAGUACAGCAGGCUCCUAGUGUUCUACUUUUUUUAACGUACUUGAUAUUGGGUAUAUCAUUGCCAUGUAGUGGUAAAAAUGACAGUAUGUUCACAUGCAUCGAUCAGUUCGGAUACUACCCAGAUCCAGGGGACUGCAGCAAAUAUUACGUUUGUGUGUUUGGAGAUCCCCAGCACGAAAGCUGUACUGGGGGGUUGUACUUUAGUACUGAACUGCAAACCUGUGAUUGGCCGAGAAACACGAAAUGUGCAGGUGGUGGUUCACAGACCAAAGAAGAAGAAGUCCAUGAGGUUUUAACUAAUGGUGGUGACGUUUUCUUAAGUCAGAGACAUGAGCUGGAUUCAUCUCAUGAAGGGAGCUCAAACUACGGUGUUGCUGUUCAGACAUCUCCAAUAAAACCACCAUACCAAAACCCAUAUAACAAUGUUCGUGGUACACCUGAGGAAUCGAGUCAUCCAGAUAAAAGCAAUUAUAACCCCCUCUAUGGUAUAUCGCAGGUAAAUCCCCAAGACCUACCCCAGUAUGGCGGAGGCAUCCCUUCAGUCGUCGCAUCUAAUAAGAAGACAUUUGGAGGCGAUUUGGGUACUGAUCGGUUACCACAUGAUCGAAGUAUGUUUGUGAAACCAGUAUUUGAAAACGAUGGAACACGUAAGAGCACAGGUAUAGACCGCGAAACCUAUUAUACCAACGAACAUCAGAAGGAAUUUAAAACACUUCAUCCCAUUGAUCACAACAAUGGCCACUCAAAAGAUCCAGAUACAAUCCCACUUUUAUCUACAAAUAAUGGUCAUCCUAAAGAUCCAGAUACAAUCCCACUUUUAUCUACAAAUAAUGGUCAUCCUAAAGAUCCAGAUACAAUCCCACUUUUAUCUACAAAUAAUGGCCAUCCUAAAGAUCCAGAUACAAUCCCACUUUUAUCAAAUGACGAUGGCCACUCACAGGAUGUUGGUGCAAUUUCACCUUUAGCAAGUAACAAUGGUCACUAUAAAGACCCCGAUGUUAGAUUUUUAGCUUCACCACCGAUUCCACCUCCUAAGAGGUCUAAGAACCACCGCCCUGCUUACGGGCCUGAACAGAGUUUGCAAGGUCCAGGCAGUAUAGAUGCCCAAUUUGACACUAGUCCCUCCAUUGUAAGUUUAUCUGGCUUCCAUAACCAACCUAAUUAUAAUUACCCAAUUGACAAAAAAUCUACUUCUACUCGAAAUUCCAAUGCCCCUGGUGUGAAAGAUGUAUCGAUUGGCAACGAUCCUUCUCAAAUCUUCAGUUAUAGGAAUUACGAUGAUCCGUAUCAGUACAAUUAUGAAUAUUAUGAUGAUUAUGAACCUACAAGUCCGACACCACCAUACAAUGUGAAACCUCACAAACCAUCCACAACAACAACCACUGCAAACCCCCCUGUAGUCAUUACCAGUUCACCAACUCAGAAAUCUGUCAAUUCAACCUCUUUAUAUCCCGCCAGACCCUCUCCUUUAUAUCCCACUCCUGUUCCCUUAGUGCAAGCCAGUGGAUGUAACCCCAGUAAGUGUCUUGCUCCAGAUUGUCGCUGUGGGGGAUCAGAUAUUCCUGGAGGGCUGCCUCUUAGCGAGACCCCUCAAGUUGUGCUUCUUACCUUCGAUGACGCAAUUAAUGACUUAAACUUCGAUUUAUACAAAGAAAUAUUUGCUGGACGAAAAAAUCCUAAUGGUUGUCCCAUUCAUGGCACGUUUUACAUUUCUCAUGAGUGGACGGAUUAUGGACAGGUUCAAACCCUUUACUCUCAAGGCCACGAGAUGGCAUCACAUACCAUCAGCCACAGCUAUGGCGAGAAGUUCUCAAAGAACAAGUGGUUCAAAGAAAUACAGGGUCAACGAGAGAUUCUCCAUUUGUAUGGAGGAGUCAAGAUGGAAGACAUCCGCGGGAUGAGGGCACCCUUUCUGCAAAUUGGUGGGAAUCACAUGUUUGAAAUGCUGUUCGAGGCCAACUUCACUUACGAUUCCUCCAUGCCAGUGUUUGAGAACGAUCCUCCUUUCUGGCCUUUUACCCUCGACUACACCAUCAACAACGAAUGUAUGAUCACGCCUUGUCCCAGUGAAUCCUUUCCGGGACUGUGGGAGAUGGCAAUGGUAAUGUGGGUGGACUUGAAAGGUGGUCGUUGUUCCAUGGCCGAUGCCUGCUCCAAUCCCCAAGACGAACAAGGAAUAGUAGAAUUCCUCAAGAAAAAUUUCAAUCGCCACUAUAACUCAAAUCGUGCCCCACUUGGUCUAUUCUACCAUUCGGCUUGGUUCACCACAGCCCACCACAAGAAGGGGUUCAUGAAGUUCCUAGACGAAAUCCUCAGUAAAGGCGAUGUCUGGCUCAUAACUAACUGGCAACUCAUUCAGUGGCUAAGAAACCCUACACCCAAAUCCAAAUUGAACAAUUUUGAACCCUGGCAGUGUAAACGAAAAAAUCUUAUUCCUCCUUGCCACAACCCCACCGUGUGUAAUGUGUGGGACCAGAACGGCAUACGCUACAUGAAAACGUGUCAGAAAUGUCCAAGUCACUACCCCUGGGUGGGGAGGACUGGUUAUAAGAAAGAGGGAUAGGUUGAUAAUAACUAAGUAAAUAUGGUUGUGGUUAAGACUGUGAAAUUUGUAAAUUAUCGUUGAAAAGCUUUUAAGAAAUGUACAUUCGAGCCACACGCGUUUGAAAGCGGUGGGUGUGUGGUCACAUAUUAGACACAGAUAGUGGGAGGUGGGUAGUAUCUUCUUUUUACCAUUUUUUCUGCCUUUUAUUUAGAAGCUGUUUCAAUUUCAUUUUGAGUUCUUUACAUUCUUAAUUAUACUAUACAAAAUUUGAAAGGCAAUUUUAAGCUUUUUUUCCUUUGAUUAUAGUAGGUAAGUAUAGGUCGAGACUCUGUCUUCUGCUUUUUUUUCGCUUUCAAGUCAUUCUUUAUUGGUAGAUAGUGUCUAAUUUUGUGUGUACUGAAAACAAUCAGAAAAUGUGUCCUGUACAGUGCAAAAACUACUUAAAGUUAUCAAAACAUCAAACUAGUGAAAAGUUGAGUUGUUAAAGACAGUGGUUAAUCUGACUAUAAGAACUGAUUAAACUUCUAAACAAUUUCAAUCACGUGAGUGUUUUUCGUAGAGUAAAAAAGACAGCAUAAAGAAUACAGAAAUAUACCCCGGGCCAUUCACUCGGGUGACAAAGAAAGCC